AUGGUGGUUGGCAGCUGGAAGAAGUGCAAGAUUGCGCCGACGCCGAUCGCGCAGCUGGCGCACGCGACGGCCGCGUCGGCACCACCCUCGUCGGGCUGGGGGGCCCACAUACAGUCGCAACUCCUCGAGAAGAUCCAGGCGCUGAGGAUGGAGCUGGGGGUGACCUCGGACAAGCAGCCGCUGGCGCUAGCGGCGGGCACGUACCUGGACGAUGCGGCGAUCGGGGCCAGGGGGGCGUCGGCGCUGUGCUACAAGACUGUCUCGAUCGAUGGGCUCGCCUCGGGCAGUGGCUCCGGAAGCGACGAGCAUUGCCCCGUUACCUUCGCUGCGCCCGUUGGCGAAAGCGGCUUUGAUCAAGACGAGCUGAUGACGAACGCGAUGGGCGGCGGCACGGAGGAGGCAAAGGCAUCCCAGACCACCUCGGAGGACGAGCUGCUGAGCGAGACGCUCCAGCCAAGCAAUACGUCCCAGACCUCCACGGAGGACGAGCUGACGACGAACGCGAAGGACGGUGGCACGGGGGAGACGAAGGCGCCCCAGACCACCUCAAAGGACGAGCUGCUGAGCGAGCGCGACUGGAGCGACAUCUAUCUCACCAGCACUCUCAAGUAUUCCCGCAAGCGGGACAUCUACCCCAUCAAGUACUUCCUCAAGAUGCAACUCUCGUCGCCGCUCCCUCGAGCCUCGAAAGCGAUGACGGCGUCGAAGUCCCUGCCAGUGCUGGGGGGCUCUACGGUGUCGGUCGUAGACUUCCAGAGUUCCCCGCAGGAGCAGGGCCGCGUCCUUGCGCAGCAAGGAGCGGCCCAAGGCAACCGCGACGUGGUCGCGCAAGUGCCUCACCGUGGUGGGUCGGUCCUCUUCGUGGCGGUGGCGAUGUUCAUGACAGUUGACUCGUGCGUGGACCCAGGCGCUGUCCAGCUGCAGGCUCCAGAGGUGUGGGCUCUGCGGCGGAGCCCCGGCGGGGCGCAGAUGUCGACCUCCAGGCGCGACGUCCACUUCGGACACGUCACUUGGUUCGACGAGAGGCUGGGCUCAUCGCCCACCUGGGCCCAGCUCACCAAGAACACGUUCAUCGAGUUCGACGAUAGGGAGGACGCCGUCGACGAGGACUGCUGCCCGCUCCGCCGCGAGAGGUCGGCCCCGGCGCGCGCCGCGGUGGUCGUGGCCUCAGGCGCCAGAGCGUCAGGGGUCUCCUUCGCGGACCCGGUCACCGCCGCGGCUGCCGCCGCGGACGAGACCGUCCGGGCGCACGCCAGCGUCGACGAGGAGUGGGCCGACGAUAUCCCAGGCAACGGGCUGCCCCCCGACGCAGUGGCCGACGGCCAAGACCCCGUGGUGCAGGGCGCCGCUCAGCCGCCCCCGCUGCAGGUUGCAGCCCAGCCGUUGCCUCCUGCUGCCAGGCCGCCAGCGGCUACAUCGCUUGACGACGUCGCAAAGGUUGUCCGCGUUCUCGUGACCAAGCGCCACGACGACGGCCAGCCCGUGGUCCUCGAGAGCGCGACGUCCUUGGCGGCCAGACUGGGGCUGCACAUGUCGCAUUUCCGCCUCAAGGUGUACGCCGCGGCCCGUGCAGCACACUGCGCCGCCCGCGCCCACGUGGACAGACUGAUUCGUGGCACGCUGGCGGCCUGCAGGCAGGCGCCUGGCCAGGACGGAGGGUCGAAGGGUGACGUCAUCAAUGCCGCGCUGCGGCAUCAGCUGGACAGCCCGCUAGACCCGCUCAUUGAAACGCGUUUCCCUCGCCAGUUGGACGUCGUCGGAUGCGAUGCUGCCAGUGGGAACUUGAGGAGUGAGCGGGCGAUGGGCUACCAGUACCCAUUCAGAUCGCAGUUAUUGUUGUUAUGCAGGGCCCACAUGAAGAAGAAGGUGGCCGAGCAAGGGUACAAGACGAUCCAGCCAUUCGACACGCACCUUGUUCGUUGCCAGAUGUCCCUCGUAGGUGACCAUGUGAUUGCUCUGCGCCACGAGGCGCGCCGACUCCAUGAGGAACAGGUCAUUAUAUUGCACGGCGUUUGCCCCGAAAGCGCCACAACACAUCGGCGCAAGAUCUGGGAUAUGUAUUUCGACGACCCCACGGACCCGACAUUGAUGUAUCGCAGAGCCAUCUGCCAACGACUGUACAAUGGCGACAUCAGGAAGCAUGGGGUUGUCGAGCACUAUUGCAAUGGGUGCUGCAGGUCGCCAGCACACACAGUCUUCCUGAUGAGGAGGUAUGGGGUCGGCGCCCUUUUUGGCGGGGUCGACGUGAUGAACAGGGCGAACUGGACCAACAAGUUGCGGAGCCACAGGACCGUCGGGCUUCCAGCUUCUGUCCACGGUCUUUUCCAGGCGGCGUACUUGCGAGCUCUGCCUGCGCCCAAGCGGGCGGGGGCCCCUGCGCCGCCGCCGCCUGGUGGCGGGGCCCGCGGUGGGGGCGAUGGCCCCCCAGCCGCGCCGCCCGUCGGCGAAGGCGAGGGCCCCCCCCAAGGCGGCCUGGGUGCAGGCGACCCAGCAGGCGAGCAUGAGGCCGACGCGGACGACGGCAACACUUUCAGCGAGGAGCAGGCGGCCAGGGUCUUGGGCAGCCGCGCGUGGAUGCUUGGUGGCACAGUCGAAGAUGACAUGUACGUUGCUUCAUCCAUGGUGGUGUUGACGGACAGCUAUGUGACAAAACAGUUGCACACCAGCGGCUCGGCUUUCGAGCAGCAGCAGCAGCAGCACGUGGCGGCAGGCCGCCCUCGGACGUACCAGGCCUGGUUGGCGCAUGAGGACGCAGAUGCGAUCUCUAUCUUGACGAGUUCGUACAAUGCGAUCUUCGACGCGCGAGCCUGGGACCCGCUGCAGUGCCGCACGGAGGCGGCAGGGUUGAGCAUAUACCGAUUGUACUCCAGGAUGGGCGCCGUUGCUUACCAUCUCGUGUACAGGUCCAAUCGGAACUGGCCCAUGCCGCUGCUAUAUGCCUCGAAGGACGCCACCAUGUUGGGGCGGCUUGGAAGUACCAAGCCUUGUUUGCUGGAUGCGUACAGUGCUAACUUCGCUAGCUUUUAUGCUGGGCGCCUCGGUUCAACCGCUGCCAUGGCCGAGCUCAAGGGUGCUGUCUCGGUGAUCGACAUAGAUACAGCCGACGUGGAACGCAUGCAUUCUGUGAACCAGAGGGGUGCGCGCUUCAGAGUUUGGACGCACGUGGAGACCGUCGAGGAGGUGAGCGCCCACUUCGCCACGCACUCAGCCGCCGAUUUUGGCGUUGCCGCUGCAUCGCGGCCACCUGGCUGCCAGAGGGCGGCUGCCCCCAAGCGCAUGCUUCAGGAGGGUGGCCCGCCCCGCGGCCGCAAUAGCGUCAAGAUGUGGGCAUGGCGAACUUUUGUUCACAUGAGGGGCAGUGGCUUUCUCACGCGGGAGUCAGCGGCAGAGCUGUCCGAGCAGUACCGAGCGUUGAGCGAUGAUGAGUUUCAGCAGUAUCGUUUGUUGGGUGCCCUCGCGAGGGAUCAGCAUCUGGCAGGACUGCGUUCCUUCCCGAAGCGCCGAAGAGCUGCUGCCGCGUCGGCCUCGAGCGACGCUGGCGGGGUCAUCGGGCUGCUGCCGUCGAGCCGCGGCCGACGGGACCUCCCACUGGGCGACGGUGAGUUGAGGAAGUUGGCCUACCAGGAGAGCGGCGACGACAUGUUCGCCUUAGUGGACACGGCCGCGACCGUCGAGGGCGACAUUGACGUCCAGGUUGAUGCUGGCAGAGUCCUGCGGUAUCGGAGGCGCGCAGAGUGCGUGGCGGCGGACGCUUGCCAGGGCAUUCGCGGCUCGUGUCGCCAGACUGUUGGCCAGUUGGCGUCUGAGUGGGAGGACAUGCACCGAACGUACACCAUGAAGAACGUCCCCCACCUUGGCAAGGUCCCCACUUGCCGCCGACGCUGCCACGAGGCCGAGACCUGCAUCUGCGAGGGGGAGGGCGCGCCGCUGCGGAGGCUCGAGGCGCACGUCAGGAGCGCGUUCGCAGCCUUGCGCCGCUGGGACAAGAAGGCGGCGAAGGCCGCUCUGGCUCGCGGCGAUUCGGUGUUGCGUUUCACCUCCGUGGUUCGCCCUCCGAGCGCCGAUGCUGAGGCAGACGGUGGUGCUGCUGGUGCCCUUGUGCCUCUCGGCGAUGGCGGUGGUGCGACCACGUACCGUUUUUUCCACGUUGCUUUCCACUAUUCGAAGCCAUUUGCUCCCACAGUGGUUGAGUUGGAGAGGGACCCGACCAGGGACCGCGGCGACAUCUUGGGCGUGCUGCCGAAGCGGACUGGCGACCCGACAACGUUCUGGCGAUCCACUUGGGAGAUGGUCAAGUCAUUCGAGUCGGGGCCGCACGUGACCAUCAGCUUCUGGCAGUUCGUCGGCGCCCGCAGGCACGUCGUCUCCGUGGAGCCUUGGAAGCUGUGGAUCUCGAACGUGACGGCAGAGGUCGACCCUCCGCCCGAGAGGUGGACCCACGGGGCAUUCGGCCAGCUCUUCGAGCAGUUCGAGCAGUUCGAGCACCAGCAGUUCGAGCAGUUCGAGCUCUGCCCGCCGCUCGCGGCCGAGGGCCUGGCCGCCCCGCGGGGUUUUGGCAAGGUGCCGCCCGAGAUCGUGGCGCCGUGCGGCAACGGCGUGAUCAGGUACUACGCGACCACAGGCGUCAUGGUAGCCCAGUGCGGCGUAAGGUCUCAUCAGGUUGGCCAUGGGUGCUUUUUGACUCGGAGUUGCAGGGCGAUGGGGUCCAACAAGUCGAAGGGCAGGAUGCUCGGGCUGUUCGCAGCCUGGCUGGAGCUCGACGACAGCACCAUGGUCACCCGAUGGGAGCACGUGCACCUGUACAAGCCUGCCCAUCGCGAUCGGCUUGUUGCGAGGCAGGCUGCCCUCGCAAGCGGCAGCCCGCUGCUGCUGGCACUCGCCUCGAAAGAGCGAGACGAGAAUGAUAAUGAUGUGGAGGGGGAGCCUCUCGGCGACCCCUAG